AUGGUGCCUAAUGAUAGGUAAAUUAUUUCUUAAUUGUAGUUAAUUGGAACGUUAUGAAAUGGAAGAUGAUAAAUUGUCAGCAAAAGCUACUUCAAAAAAAAUACAGAAUAGAAAAAUAUGGUCAUAAAAGGAAGACAAAUUGCUGGAAAGAGCAAUACAUGAACUUGGAACUAAUUGGAAGGAAGUGGCAAAGCAUUUAUAUAAUAGAAAUCCAUCUUAAUGCGCUUAAAGAUGGAAGAGAAUUAAGCCAGUCUCAGUAUGUUUAAUUUUAAAUAAGCUCAGUAACGCUCUCGACAUUCUUGGAGUGCAGAAGAAGAUUAAUAACUGUUAGAAUUAGUUAAAAUACAUAAAAGAAAUUGGGGAAUGAUUGCUAGUAUAAUGCAUUGGAGGACGGGAAAGUAAAUUCGAGAACGAUUCAUAAAUAAAUUAAACCCAGAAAUAAGAGCUGAACCAUGGUCAAAGGAAGAAGAUCUGAUUGUCAUGGAAGCUUAUUAAAAGUACGGAUCAAGAUGGACAGAAAUAUCCAAAUUAUUAAAAGGGAGACCUGUAUAAUUUAUAACUAAAUUUUUUUAGGAAAAUAUGAUAAAAAAUAGAUUUUAUUCCUUUAUUAGAAAAGAAUAUAUGAAUAUUUAAAAUCCUUAUUAUGUUAUACCAAAUUCAUAACAAAAAACAGAUGCUGAAUAAUUAAAAUCAACUUUAUAAUCAAAUGAAAUCCCAAAACAAGAUUAAAAUGAGAAUAGUUAAUCUUGCCAAAACAGUAUUUUAAAAAAGAAGAAACCUACUAAAAUUUUAAAGAAAAAAUUGAAAAAAUAAAAUGGUUUUAAAAAACAAAAGGAGUAAGAAAAAAAAAUAAUUAAUAAUGUAAAUGAAUAAAAUGAAGAAGUUUGGAAUGCAAUUAUUUCAGCUGAAAGCUCAGAAGUUUAGGUAAAAGAGGAAGAUGAUAAUGAAUUUUAAGCAAAUAAAAUUGCUUAAAGUAUAUUAAGUUAAAGUUUAAAUAACAAUCUCAGUUAGAUUAAUAACAUAUAGAAUUCUUAAUAACUGUUAAGUGAACCAUUUAGAUCAUUAUAUAAUUCUUAAGUCUUUUAGAAUUAACCUUCAUAAUAGUAAUAGUAUUAGUAAUAAUAAUGUAAAUAUUUGUACUAAUUUAAGACUUUGCUGCUAUGUAUUAUAAAUAUUAUGAAGGAAUUGCCAAUUUAAUCAAAAGUUAAAGUCUUUCAUAAUCAUAAUUACUCAAAGAAAGCCUUCCAAUCUUAUCAAAUGUUUCUAGUCAAGAAACUCAUUAGUCUUCAGCGAUGUAACUUUCAUUAUCAAAUAUGAAUUUUCUUCAAUUUCCUUAUAUAGUUAGACAAGAGUCUUUCCCUCAUUCAAUGAAUAAUUCAUAAUUUUGA